CCGUCAUCCUCAUUCUCUCUCAUCCUGUUCAAACCCUAACUUCAAGUCGUCCUUUCUGCGUCUAUCGUAUCUCCGGUCGAGUAUUUUCGGUGACUAAAUCAUUCGAAGGAAUCAGGAUCUUUUACUUGAUAUAAUAAGAUUUCCUCCUGCAGAUCUGAAUCAUCUCAACGACUAUUGUCGAGGCGAUAUAAAUAGGUUAUCUGUUGAAUACUGGUGCUAAAAGUAAUGCCUCGGGACAGGGAUUUGUCGAGGUCUCCAUCUUACAGACGAAGGUAUUCACCUUCGCCGUCUCCUUUACGGAAUCGGCAUGAUAGGAGAAGUCGAAGAGAUAGAAGCCGAUCUCCACUUUCUUACAGCAGAAGAAAGAGUCCCUCAGCUUCUCCUCAUCGCAACAAAAACCGCUCCCCUUCAACAAGACGGCGUAAAAGCCGUUCUCCUACACCUAGGCGCUAUAAACGACAACGAAGUAUCAGUUCAUCAGUGUCUCCUAUACGCAAAUCUCAUAAGCAAAUCAAAGGCUCAGUUGAAUGCAAGAAUUCCACAGAGAAAAUGAAAAAGGAAGAAGAAGAGAAGAGAAGGCGACAACAGGAAGCGGAACUGAAACUGAUAGAGGAGGAAACAACAAGGAGAGUGGAAGAAGCGUUAAUGAAGAUGGUUGAAGAGAGUUUGAACUCUCCUUCGAUAAAGCUAGAAAUGCAGAGGCGGUUGGAUGAAGGGCGGAGAAAACUUAAGGAUGAAGUUGCAGAUCAACUUGAAAUUGAAAAGGAAAGUGCAGUUAUUGAAGCUAGAAGAAAAGAGGAACAAGUUCGAAGGGAGAAAGAAGAAUUGGAAAAGGUUCUGGAAGAAAAUCGAAGGAAAGUUGAAGAGGCUCAAAGGAGGGAAGCCAUAGAGCAAGAAAGGAAAGAGGAGGAACGGUAUAAAGAACUUGAACAAGCGCAAAGACAGAAGGAAGAGACAAUGAGGAGGAAGAAGCAACAAGAGGAGGAAGAGCGGUUAAACCAGAUGAAAUUGUUGGGCAAGAACAAAUCCCGACCCAAGUUGUCAUUUGCUAUUGGUUUGAAAUAAAUAAAAAUGGCGUGUUGUUCAUUCUCGGUUAUUUUCUUUCGAAGAUUUUUGUGUUUUACUUAACUCUCAUGGUGCCUCACCAUCCCAAUUUGUAGACAUUUCCUUGGUGAUUAUAGUUUGGUCCAAAUUUAUCCCAA